AUGUCGGGCACAAGGACUCACCCCCGCCGCUCUCCUCUUAAGGUGAUCGACCCCCAGGGUACUCCACUCAGCACCCACAGCAUGCGACUGCGCAAGUGUGGUACCUUCUCGUCACCGAAGUCUAUCCCAUCUGACCUCUGCGACCUGGAGAACCGUCAUCAUAUGCCACGACGUUCUCCCACAAGCACUGAGAGCCUUCAAGAACUGCUCCAUGACUGCCCGCCGCCUCAUGUUGCACACUUCUUAAAGGAUAUUGAGAAGAAACUGGCUGGAAGCAAGUCGGCCAGCAUCUUGAACGAUCCUGAGGUGCUUCCUCUACCAAGCUUCCUCCUCGACAACACAAGCCUUGACACUACGCCUAUGGACAUUGACCGCAAGCCAUCUACCGCAGAACGAAGCCUCCACGAUCACGCUUCAGAUAGCGGUCUUGGCUCCAGCGUCAGUGGGUCAAAAUACGGUAAGGCUUCUUUGCUCUUACCCCUCAUGGAGGCACAGCCCUCUGACAUAUAUAAAGGCGACUAUCGCUCCCUUCGGUCGAGUGCUGGUGGAUCCAUUUCCACCUCUGUUACCUCGACACACUCGGCCAUCACUCGCUCCUUCUCGGCACUUGACGCAUCGGAGGAUAAGCAUACAUUGGGUGAGUAUGCUUGUAAACAAAUCCACGACCACAUCAUCAAGCCUAUCCUCGCCGAGGAAUCACUGAAGGACUUUCAUCCCUUGAUCGAGGACGUUCCCCGUCGCAUUGGGGAUAAGAAUAUCUCGAACCUCCGAGACCUUGAGAAGACUCUGAUUUUCCUAGCACCGGAGUUCUCGGCGACACCGACUUCGUAUCUUCGCUUCUGUGAGCGAUCGAUCCAACUUUUGAUCACGACUGUCGACUGCCUUCCGGAGCAAGAUCAACGCUUACCGUCCGACCGCCCUUAUACUAACAACUACUUUCUCGAUUUAAUCGAACAGAUCCGUCGCUACGCAGCAAUUAUGGCCGCCACACGACAAAAAGAGGCGAAUGGGGAAGAACUUGACGACAUGGAUUAUUCACCUGAAGAGAAGAUCACCCUCCGUGGGGGGUUGAGUCACAAUGGCCGUCCCGCCGAGCUUGUCCGCCACAAGAAUGGCAAGGUCAUUCCCAUCAACGAAGGCAGUCCUUCCAAGGAUUCCUACCGUGGAUUCCCAUCAACGAAGCGUGCCUUGUCUGAUGAUGAGAUGGACGAUGAAGAUGUCACUCGUUCCAUGGCUCGACGACGAAAAUCUGAUAAGCCCGGGGAUGUCAUGCACGUCUGCCGUGAUUGCAAGAAGGAAUUCAAGAGGCCGUGUGAUCUCACUAAACACGAGAAGACUCAUUCGCGACCCUGGAAAUGUACGGAGGAGAAGUGCAAAUACUAUGAUCUCGGCUGGCCAACCGAGAAGGAACGCGACAGACAUGUGAAUGAUAAGCAUUCAUCUGCACCUCCUCAGUAUAAGUGCCGGUACCCGCCUUGCACUUAUGCGUCGAAACGAGAAUCCAAUUGCAAGCAGCAUAUGGAGAAAGCCCACGGAUGGGAAUACGUUCGCUCAAAGAGCAACGGACGAAAGAAGGCCACCAUUGCCGGAAGUGAACGCAGCCCUCCUACCCCCCUCACCCCGUUCUUGGGUACGCCUACAUCAGCUUUGGCGACUCCCAUGACUCCAUUUGCGCCUUCUCCUGCGUUGCCGCUGACUGAUUUCGACUAUUCGUAUGGCUUUGGCACCCCUGCUUUGAGCGCCAAUGGUUUUCAUGAGGAUGACUACCGAAGAGAUUCUGUAACAACAGACGGGUCGGUUCUUACAUACUCUUCUGGGCACUCACCCACGGAGCCGACUUCUUUUGACGAUGCCGUCACUCCUGAAGAUGCAGUCAUUAACCACAACGAUGUCUUCAAUUGCGGGAUCCCCGGUAAUUUUAAUACUGGUUUUCAGCAGCCAACUCCUGCCAUGAGCACUGGCUUCGACAAUUUUGAGUCCAUUGACUUUACCCGUCCAUUCACUGUCAAUACUUCUGUUCCUCAUGGCCUUCCACACCUUUCUCCUGGUGCUCAGCCUGAUGUGACUCUUUUCUCUCCUCAGAUGCACCUGGAUGAAGGCUUUGAUGAUGGGAUGACCAACUUUAGUCCGCCUACCGGAGACUUCACUUUGUUCGAUGCUGCUCAAGGGAACGGCAUGGGACUGAACACAACCGCCGACUUUUUCCCGGAGCUGAAUCAGUUUGGAGGCCAAUUUGACAACAGCCUCUACGCUGAGCCAUCUCUGUCGAACGCUUUUGACGAUAUGAUGAGCGGCUUCGAUAAUGGGCAGUAA